AUGAUUGCGUUACAAAACCGGCCUAUCUUGCCUCCCGCCAAAGUGGAUAUCUCACUGUUACUCAAGCCCCAAGAUGAGGAAGAAGCCCCGAGGAAGACGACGGCCAGCUACCCACCCAGAACUAUCAGCGGGCCUCCCCCGGGCUCCAUGGCACCUAUCUUGACCACGGCUCCCGUGGCCGUCGGGCCGUUGACCAAAACUGCUCCCUCUGUCCCGGCCAAGCGUCUGCAACCCGCGCAUCCCGCUGAAUCCCCGGCCAAGAAGCAAUCCAAGUGGUCCCCCGAAGAGGAUGCCCUGAUUAUUGAGCUGCGGGGCAGUGGGAUGAAGUGGGAGGAUAUCAGCAAGCGGCUGCCGGGCCGCAGCGCCAUCAGCUGUCGCCUGCACUACCAGAACUAUCUCGAGCGUCGGAGCGAGUGGGACGAAGACAAGAAAAACAAACUGGCCCGAUUAUACGAAAGGUUCAAGGCCGAAAUGUGGUCCAAGGUCGCCGAGGAAAUGGCCAUCCCGUGGCGUGCCGCAGAGGCCAUGCACUGGCAGUUGGGAGAGCAAGAGAUGGCUCGCCGCGCUGGCGUGGUGCCCUUUUCACUGUCAAGCACCGCAAUCGAUCCCCCCACUACCCGAACCCGCCGGGCCAGCACAUCUGUGGCCCGGCCACGCAAAGCGUCCGUCUCUCGCGCCAUCCCAGGUCAUCCGCCGGGGCUUCCUCCUCAGCUUCCAUCCCUCGAAGAACUCACAGCGGGGGUUCCUGCGUACGCUCCAGCCCCGCCCCCACCGAGAGAGUUCUAUGGGGCUGGACGACCCUCGGAGAUGGGCAUUCCCCCGCCCAGUCUCAUGGGCCCCCAUCUCGGACUGCCCCCUCGCACUCUCCCCUAG